UAUUUGCCCACUAGCCGCAGUGUGUGUUUGAAGGCUAAGAAGGUGGAAAACUCGUGGAAAAGGGGAAACUUAUUGGAGGGUUUUAGUAAAAUUUGUUACACAAGAAGUUGAAGUGAAGAAGUUUUAGCCAUUAAGUGGAAUAUCAACAGCAAAUCAGUGAACAGUAUUUGUACAGUUUUUGAGUAUUUGUGUGAGGGUUUUGGAAGAUCGGGAGUUUUCCAAAUGUACAACAAAAUGUCCAGCUUUGAGUCUGGUUCUUCGGAUGGCGAUCUGUGUCAGCCCGUCUGUGAUCCUGAUCCGUACUACGAAGCUAAUGGAGGUAGCUACUAUACACAACUCUAUCCAGCUGAUUCACAGAAUACAGGAACGCAGGUGAUCACAAUCAUGGAGGAGGAAGGUUACUGGGGGUCACCCUGUAGCUCGACGAACGAAUCGCAGCAGGCGGACGCUAAUCUCGGUCCAGGGCAUGCUCAUCAUCGCAGCUCGGCCGCGGUCAGUACCAUUCGCUUGCUCACCGCAACGCACCUUGCUCCGCCACCGGCAUCCUGCGGCGAUCCUUCACCCUCGUCCUGUUCAUCCUCGUCCUCGUCACCGUCCACUUCCUCGUCCGUAUCCUCGUCGGUGUACGGCCACCAGCAACGGCACCAGCUACAGUCAUCACUGAUCGGUGGCUAUCCAUGCCUACGCUCACCAGACGCUGAUGCUGAUCAGCAUCAUCCUCAUCAUCCUUCUCAUCAUCAUCAUCACCAUCAGCAGCAGCAGCAGCAGCAACAUCACCAACCACAACCCCACUCACACCAUCACCACCAUCAACCAUCACCGGUGUACGAUUGUCCGAUGGUGUACGAGAAGAACGUUAACGCCUACAUCCCCGAUGAGGGAUACUACGGUGGUGGGAAUGGUACACCGAUGCACGUCACUUCCGGUGGCGGUACGGUCGAUGCCGGGAACGACCACUACCGAUCAUCAUACGUCCCCCGCAUCAUCGUCAUCAUCGGCGGCGUCAUCCUCACCAUCGUCUGCCCUGCUCAGUUCGACCGUCGAAGCGGUCCCGGGCAAUGGCGUACCGAUCGUUCGAGUCGUCAAGCGACGCAACACGGCCAACAAAAAGGAACGACGUCGGACGCAGAGCAUCAACUCGGCCUACACCUCACUCCGGGACCGCAUUCCCAACGUACCGAAUGACACCAAGCUCUCCAAGAUCAAAACGCUACGUCUGGCCAUCUCCUACAUUGCCCAUCUGCUGGCGGUCGUAAACGGAAACCAGGAUCCAUCGUGUGACUUCCGAGCGGAGCUGGUGCCCUCUUCGCGCAAGAUCAACGCGGAACG